UAAUGGACCUUGCCGAGAGGACCGCAUUAUGGGAUAGCUAGCUGUUUUGAAUAUGGCCGCCCUACUCCCGAAGAUGGCUCCAGGGAGGCAACUUGUGCAUGUACCAACUGCUGAGUAAAACUCGGGUAGCAUGGAUGUUUGCAAACACCUGAAUUCUGUUCGCUUGGCACUAAACCACUCCAUUCUCAACCCAGAGAAGUGGCUUUGUGCCAUGUGUGGAACCACAGAGUCAGUCUGGGCAUGCCUGAGUUGCUCCAAUGUGGCCUGUGGACGCUUCAACGAGGAACAUGCCCUCACCCAUUUCAAGGACACAAAUCACCCCAUUGCUAUGGAAGUGAAUGACAGAUAUGUCUACUGCUAUGCCUGUGACGAGUAUGUAAUGGAUGACAACUCAGACAGGAUCAUCACCCUGCUCCGGUCAGCUCUCAGUGCCAUUGAAACACAGUCAUUUGACAAUAUUGAAAAACAAGGGCAGAGACUGCUGCGGUCUUAUUCUUACUCCGGAUUGGAAUCAAGAACACAUGCAGAUGAAAAUGAUAAACUAGCAACAGCAGAUUGUCAUUACAGAUCACCGCCAUAUACUGGAGUAGAGACUCCUGCCAAAAAGGCAAGAACUGAUGGCACCUCCCCGAGUCCCUCAGCCAAUAUCACCGCUUCCCCUGUCUCACCCACCUCGCCCAGCCUCAGGAAGCGGACCCUUAUCCCAGGAGUCACUGGACUCCGAAACCUUGGCAACACCUGCUACAUGAACUCCAUACUACAGGCUCUAGGACAUAUAGAAGACCUGCGCCGGUUCUUCUUGCACCUCAGCUUUCACAAUGGCUUCAGCCCCCCUGUCACCCCCCAGCGAGACUUGUCCCCUGUCAGAAUGAUACCGUCCCCAUGCCCUGUCCGUUCAUCAAACAGGGUGCUUAAGCGGCUUGACACACUGGAAUGUUUCAAGCACCUGAACACCCCCACCGCAGUGUCAACCCCCAAGUUUCGUCACAAAGAGGGGGGUCUGAGUGGAGGAGGGACAUACGUCUCGUCAGUGGAGGUCCAGCCUGCUGGUGCCCUGCCUCUGGAGGAGGAUGAGGAACACAUUUCCCUCAGCCAGGAGCUGCAUGGUCUGUUGCGGGUGCUAUGGUCGGGGAAGUGGGCCCAAGUGAGUCCCCAUGCCUUCCUGCAGGCAGUGUGGAGCAAGAUCCCAACCUUCAAGGGUCACUCGCAGCAUGAUGCACAGGAGUUUCUAUGUGAGUUGGUAGAGAAGGUGGAGAGUGAGGCUUCCACGGUGCCGCAGUGCGAGGAGAAGCCAAACAUGAUGGCAGAACUGUUCCAAGGGGAGCUGACUAGUCAGGUGAAGUGUAUGGCCUGCAGGAAUGUCUCCUCUCGCCAGGAACCAUUCAUGGAUUUGUCACUCGAGUUUCCCGAGAGGUAUCAGUUCACCUCAACCAAUAAGAAGGUUGCUAAUGAUGUCUGCCAGCUUACAGAAAUGUUGGACAAGUUCACAGAGACAGAAACACUUGAGAGUCAGACUUACAGUUGUGACAAGUGUAACAGUAGACGCCGACUGCCAAAGUCAAAGAUCUACACUGAUGCCCAGAAACGGUUUGUGGUAAACAAACUCCCACCUGUGCUACGACUUCAUCUCAAGAGAUUUAGAUGGUCUGGUAGGAAUCAUCGUGAAAAGAUCAGCACUCACGUAGCCUUUGAAGAAGAGCUGAACAUGACCCCAUACUGCACCAACAUACCCAAUAUUUGUCAGUACAGACUGACGUCUGUAGUCAUCCAUCAUGGCAGGGGUUUUGGGUCUGGUCACUACACAUCCUAUUGUUAUAACAGUGAAGCAGAAUCCUGGAUUCAUUGCAACGACUCCAAGGUAGAGUUAUGCCCCUUGAAAGAAGUGCUGGCCUCCCAGGCCUAUAUUUUGUUCUAUACUCAGGAUUACGAUGUGCCAUUUGAGGACCUUGCUGUGCCUUUAGACUCCAGUAAUGCUGACUCAUCAGUCUCCUGCUCCCAGGUAGUGGAUGAGGAAAUCACAUUCAACUUCAAACAGCCAUUGCUGUCAAGUUCACUGACAAAUUCAAAAUGGAAGGAUGCGUCCAGUAUUGGGUUGAAGCGCAGGCGCUCAACUUUGUGGUGAAAUUUUGUGGAAAGUUGUGUCAGAGUUUCAAGGAACCUUGUAUGGUACAUCAUGGGAUUUGGUGCAAAUAUUUCUCAGAGCAGUUCUAAGGUUGUAUUCAAACAAAUGUAGCUGGACUUGUUACUAGAAUGCUGACUCAGGCUUCAGAACAGUGGCUAACGUCACAGACUUACAGAGGAAAUCAUGUUUGUGUCUCAGUAUUUUAUCUUAAUAAAAUCUGCUCAAAAACAAUUUUGUAAAUGAUGCUCAUUAGUAGAAGUUUUAAAAUGUCUGAUUUGUAAUAUGACGGUUCUGAUGUAAAUAUGUCUAUGUUGUAUCAAUAGUGAGAACAGUGUAUAUCUGAAUAGUGAAGGUAAGCAAGAAAUAGGAACUUAUUUUUCUGUAUUUGAUAUUUUAGGGUUGGUCAGAAAAUGUUCAUGGAAAGCACGUUGGAUUUAGUACACAAAUCUUUACUUUCUCAGUUUCUCAUUUUGAAUAUUGUUUUUGCAUUUUGAAAACAAGUAUAUGAUUGUUGAUUGGCAUUCAAGACGUUCGUGAAUCAAUAAUGAAGCAUACAACUUUAUGGAUAACAACUUCUUGUUUAUUGCAUAGAGCAACAUUUCAGUGUAGAUUCUUACACUGUUAUCAAGCUAAAAGUGAUUGAUAAUGGUGUAUGAAUCUACAUAGAAAUGUCACGCUAUGCAAGAAACAAGUUGUUAUUCAUAAAGUUGUAUGCUUCAUUAAUAAGUAUAUGGCCUACUUCAUAUACCACCUAAUUGAGGACAGAUCUGAACUAAACUAACAAUUUUCUAAAAUUUGCCUGAAAUGGACACUUCAUCUGGAACUAACGAUAAAUCCCUCACUGUCUUUGAAGUGUUCUCUAAAGCUACUAAAACCAGCUUUAGAAUAAUGUUUACUAAUCACUGGAGCAAUUAUGUGUCCCGAAGUGUAGUUGUUUUACAGUUACCCUUGAGAAAGAGUAUGGAAAUCUGGUAAUAAUGCAGACGCGAGAAGAUGUGCACUUUUUAUAAAUAACAACUCCUUUAUUCUUUGUUACGAUGUUUCAAGACAACUUGUUGCACCUUCAUCAGGUUAAUUAUUCUGAGGUCAUCUCCAUAGUGUCAUAGGAACUUUCUUCAAAUAAACAUCAAGCUUUUAAAUUUUUAGCAUUGAGAGUGAAACAUUCAAAGAAGCUCAUCUGAUUUCAGUAUAUUGAAGACAUUAAAGUCAGGAACAUCCUAAUGCAACAACUCACCUGCACUAUUUCAUAGUUAUAGAAUAAGGGAGUGUCUUUGUAAUUCUAAAUGUCUAUCAAAGACUUCAUGCGGAUGCAAGAUGGCAACUUUGUCAAUUUAUUAUUAUUAGUGCUGUAUAUCAACAAGAGAAGAAUCAGUAUGAGAGAUGUCAUUGUGAAGUGAAGCUCUUCACACAGUGUCAUAUCAAACAUAGUGCGUUUAUAUUUGUUCCCUUACGUUUUCUCAUCAGGAUGUAAAGCUAUGAUGGCAAGAUUGUGAACCAAUACAGAUCUGUGACAAAUCAGAUAACAUUAUGUGGAUUUUCAGAGCUUGUGGGAUGACCAGUUGUGGAUGAAAGGAUCCCAUGUACCAUAUGAUACCGGUUAAGUCAACUUAAAGUGCUUCCAUGAAUGACAAGGUUGUGAUUGAGAUGACAUUGCGGCGGUUUUCUAGGAAACUGGCUGGAACUGUGGAAUGAGUAUACCAUGCGUGUUCCCUGUACCAAUAAGAGGCUUGUUUUGUACUUAAGAUGUUGUGUUCUUGUUUUUCAUAGGUUGUAAACUAUCAGUGUAGACUUGUCACAAGUCACCAAUGUGUAUUGUCCCCAUAGUGAUGAUGAUAAUGAUGACGAUGAUGAUGAUGAUGAUGAUGAUGAUGAUGAUGAUGAUGAUGAUCAGUGCUGCCCAUGUAUCAUGUAGAAUAUCACUUUACAUUGUCAAUUUCAACUUUUUGAAAAGAGUUGUAUAAAUCAACAGUGUUUU